AAAGUAACUCCAGGACGAGACCGGAGCGACCCGCGCGCAUCGAGCACUAGGCGACGAGGCUGCGCCGGGCGCCCGACACCGGCGGCUGCAGGGGGCGGGGGCUGCGCCGGAGCCCGAUCCGCCGCUCCAGCUCCGAGCAGUGGUCUCGGGAGAAGGGUUGUGGUCCACCACAGAUGCGUUUGUUGGAGGGAGCAGUGGAGAUUCAGGUCAAGGCGUAAGGCCUGGGGCUUCCAAUGAUACUCUGGGCAGGGAUGGAAGCCUAGAUGCCUCACCGCAAGGAGCGGCCGAGCGGGUCCUCGCUUAACGCACACGGCAGCAGCGGCAGCACCACCGCGGAGGGAGGAAAUAUGUCCCGGCUGUCACUCACCCGGUCGCCUGUGUCUCCCCUGGCUGCCCAGGGGAUCCCCCUGCCAGCUCAGCUCACCAAAGCCAACGCACCUGUGCACAUCGAUGUGGGCGGUCACAUGUACACCAGCAGCCUGGCCACGCUCACCAAGUACCCCGACUCCAGAAUAAGCCGCCUCUUCAACGGCACAGAGCCCAUUGUCCUGGACAGUCUCAAGCAGCACUAUUUCAUCGACCGGGAUGGGGAGAUUUUCCGCUACAUCCUGAGUUUCCUGCGGACGUCAAAACUGCUGCUUCCGGAUGACUUCAAGGACUUUAACCUGCUGUAUGAGGAGGCGCGAUACUACCAGCUGCAGCCCAUGGUUCGGGAGCUGGAACGCUGGCAGCAAGAACAAGAGCAGCGACGUCGUAGCCGGGCCUGUGACUGCUUGGUGGUACGAGUCACCCCCGACUUGGGUGAACGCAUCGCACUCAGUGGCGAGAAAGCCCUCAUCGAGGAGGUCUUCCCUGAGACCGGGGAUGUCAUGUGCAACUCUGUCAACGCUGGCUGGAACCAGGACCCCACGCACGUCAUUCGUUUCCCCCUCAAUGGCUACUGUCGACUCAACUCUGUACAGGUCCUAGAAAGGCUGUUUCAGAGGGGGUUCAGCGUGGCUGCAUCCUGUGGGGGUGGUGUGGACUCCUCCCAGUUCAGUGAGUAUGUGCUUUGCCGGGAGGAGAGGCGGCCGCAGCCUACCCCAACUGCCGUCCGGAUAAAGCAAGAACCCCUGGACUAGGCCCUGUGCCGGGGCCCACCUGAGACCCCCUCAGUCCUGAGACAACCCAGAGACAUGGAAAUAGUGCUGAGGAGUCCUGCCUGUUUGUGCUUCACAGUGGGCACAAGACUGAGCACAUCCAUGGGAGUGCUAAGUGUCAUGGCAACAGAACGAGGGACGCCGGAGGCAUGCGCGUGGAAGGACUGUCCAUGUGACCCAGAGAUGUUGUGGCAGCAGCGACGCUGCCAGCUGCCAGCCCUUCUGCUCCUCAGCCUGGUUCAGCGUCCUCUGCUGGGCCAGACACUCGAGAGCAGCUGUGUAUCCUCCUCCUCGCUUGGUGGACGUCGGCAGGCCUCCUCGCAUUGGAGAUGGCUUAUUUUUCUACAAUAUUUAAAAGACAACUAACUGUCGCCACACACGGUGGCAAGGCCAACAAGACCAUCGCUGCUUUUACCAGGUGCUUAGUUCUCAGUCCAUUGUUCAGCAAGCCUAGCAAAGGAUGGGCUGCUGGCACUCGGGCCAGGUGCCUGCUGAGCUGGGGCAGUGGGGACAGAUGUGGCAGGUGAUGGUGCUGCCAGAGAUGGCAUGGGACCCCCUAGAGGCAGGGCUGUGGGGGGCUAAGUGACUCCGUGACUGUUAUCUGAGACACUCUGCUGCCACCUGUGUCCCAGGCCAUCCUUGGUGCACACCUGACCCUCUAAUGCCCAGGAGCUUCCAGUCCCAACUGACUACUCACGUCUGGGUUCCCGGAGAAGUCUCCACGCAUCCAGUCAGCGUGGGGCCAUGGCUUAUCUCAGGAAUGGGCCCGUCUACCCAGGGACCCAUCUGUCACCAUCCAUCUCUGGGUCCCCUGCUCAGGAAGCCACUGUUGGCCCCAGCUCCAAUUUUCCCAUACUCACACACACUGAGUUUUAACUAAAUGUACUGAACUAGCCUGUCAGUAAGGCACAGACCCAAACUUACCCAGUGCUCUUAACCCCAAAUCCCAACAAGGACUGGUUCUGAGAGGUUCUCACAGACCCACUGUCUCCCAGACGAUAGGCCCAAAAGAUGGACACCCUGGCCUUGUCACAUCUUCCCUAGCUCCUCCCACGUGGAGGGACUGCAGAGAACUGAUGGAGGGGGUGCCCUGGCAGGCACCCCCUUGUGUAUAAUGCCUGUAGACUUGUAUAUGACUCCUUUAAUAUUGUAAAGAUGCUGAUGUACAAUUGUUUUGUGUUUGUGUAAACACGUUGCGUUCCUGGUUCAUGCCAUAAA